UAAAACAGAGUACUAUAUCUAUCUUAACUCAAGUAAAACAGAGUAGCAAUCUCUCACUCUCUCUUGAGUACUGUGAUAAAACAUGGAAGCAACAAGAAUGGGGUUUGGCAUCAGAAAUUUCUCUUACCUUCACCAAGUCCCUCUCUGUCUUAAGACCAGCCUCACUCUCCCGCGUCCCCCUUCUCUUUCGCUGAUAAAACCCAUAAAACAUGACUUUUUCUGUGUUAAAGCUACUGCUAAGAGUUCGACUAGUGAUGAUCAUGAGACUAGACGUCCUUUGACGAACUUUUCUCCCUCUCUUUGGGGAGAUUACUUCUCCUCACUUCCCAACGACGACUCCGAAUUUGAUGAAAUAGCGAGAGAGAUUGAUAUGGUGAUGAAGCCGAAAGUGAGAGACAGGCUGACGUCUUCUCACAACAGCAACAAGGAUAAGAUCCGUCUAAUCCAUUUGCUUAUCAGUCUUGGAAUCUCCCAUUACUUUGAGACCGAGAUUGAGAUGAUCCUAAACCAGGCUUUUGAAGAUUUGGACGGGCUAAUGGCCGAGGAAGACGAUUUGGAAACAGUCUCCAUCAUGUUUGAGGUUUUCCGACUGUAUCAACACAAGAUGUCAUGCGAUACAUUCGUAAAAUUUAAAGGUGAAGAUGGAAAGUUUAAGGAGAGUCUAGUCGGGGAUGUUAGAGGAAUGCUACAAUUGUACCAAGCAGCGCAUCUCGGGACACUCUCCGAAGAUAUAAUGGAGGAGGCGAAGAGUUUUGCUAGGAACCAAUUGGAGUCUUUGGCAGCAAGUACUACUACUUCUUCUCAUCUCUCCUCAUAUAUUCGUAACACCUUGUUCAGAGCUCGAUAUCAUAAUAUGGAAAUACUAGUCGCAAGAGAAUACAUUUCUUUCUACGACCAAGAAGAAAGUCAUGACCAGACGCUUCUCAAGUUUGCAAAGCUCAGCUUCAACUAUUGCCGUUUGCAUUACAUCCAAGAGCUCAAAACUCUCACCAAAUGGUGGAAAGAUCUAGAUGUUUCCUCUCAGCUUCCUUAUUUGAUCAGGGAUAGAAUUGUGGAAUGCUAUUUCCCUGCGAUGGGAUUAUAUUACGAGCCACGAUAUUCACUUGCGAGAAUUAUAGCGGCUAAAAUUACCAUGAUCGUGGUUGUUUUGGAUGACACGUGUGAUUCGUAUGCAACUUUUCCCGAAGUCAAAAGUCUCAUUGAUUCUUUGCAGAGGUGGGAUCUUGAAGCUAUUGACGAACUACCAAGCUAUUCCAAAAUAGUCGUUCGAUUAAUAUUGGAAACUAUGGGAGAGAUUGAAAAAGAAAUGAAGCCCCAAGGAAGAUCUGCUAGUGUGCAACACACUAUAAAUGAGACUAAGACUCUAGGGAGAGCGUACCAAGCAAUAUCAAAAUGGGCAGGCGCAAGUCACGUGCCAACCUUUGAAGAAUACAUGGAGGUUGGACUUGUCACCGCGGGAAUGGCUUAUUUUGCAUUGUACAGCUUUAUCGCAAUGGAAGAGUGUGAUGAGAAACCAUUGUACGAAUGGUACAACUCCAAACCCAAAAUAUUACAAGCUUUGUGUCCUAUAUUUCGUCUGAACAACGAUAUUGUCUCCUACGAGAGAGAGAUGAGCAGAGGAGAGGUGGCGAAUGGGGUCAACUGUUACAUGAAGCAACACGGUGUUACUAAAGACGUAGCUGUUGAAGAAUUGAGUAAGAUGGCUAGAGAUAGCUAUAAGAUAGUCAUGGAGGAGUUCUUUACGACAAUCGAUAUGCCACGUCCAGUUGUGAAGCGAUGCUUCAACAUUGCACGCAUGGUCAAUGUGUUUUACAAGGAUACUGAUGAAUUCACUAAUCCAGAUGGAAAUAUUAAAGAUCUCAUCACCUCUCUGUUCAUCCAUCCUUUUCCGGUGUGACCAUAUCACCAUCUAUCUGUUAU